AUGGAAAUAAAUUCGCGGCCAAGCUUGGUCCCUCUUUCCGAUAAGGAUCCUGGCCCAGAGAAUUGGAAUACGACAGUGUCCAAUGGUAUCGUUGCGACGUGGAAUCCGGACGCUGAACCCCCUCCGGAUGGUGGCUUGAAAGCCUGGCUACAGGUCUUAGGAAGUUGGGUACUGAUCUUCAAUACCUGGGGUGUUGUGGUCACUUUUGGCGAUUAUCAAAGCUUUUACGAGUCUGGCCAGCUCUUCACUCAGACAUCAUCAAAUAUCUCAUGGAUCGGUUCGACACAAGCUUUCUUUGUCUUUGCGACAGGUGCGGUGGCUGGCCCGAUCUUCGACCGCGGGUAUCUAAAGCCCCUGCUUAUCGCGGGUACCUUCUGCAUGGUAUUCGGUCAUAUGAUGCUGUCUCUCUGCAAAGAGUAUUGGCAGGCCCUAUUAGCCCAGGGAUUCAUGGUUGGUAUUGGCGCGGGCUGUCUCUUUGUACCCUCGCUCGCUGUGAUGCAGCCUUAUUUCAGUCGACAUUUAGGCCUUGCUAUCGGUCUUGCAGCCACAGGUAGCUCUCUCGGUGGAGUCAUCUAUCCUGUCAUCUUUAUAAACCUUAUUAAUCGGCUUGGCUUUGGUUGGACUGUCCGUAUUAUCGGGUUCGUGAGCUUGGGUACCCUACUUGUCCCGAUCUCUAUCUCUCAGAUGCGUAUCAAGCCUACUGGGGUACGGAAACUUCUUGACCCCUCUGCAUUUCGUGAUGGACCCUACCUACUAUGUAUCUUCGCUUGCUUAUUAGGAUACACAGGAUGCUAUACAGCGUUUUAUUAUAUCGCGCUGUAUGCGGAGGACAGUGGGUGGAUGAGCUCACACAUGUCCCUUUAUCUCGUCCCCAUCCUCAAUGCAUCCUCGGUCCUUGGUCGAACUGUUCCGAAUUGGCUAUCUGACUGGAUGGGGCCCACAAAUGUUGUAAUUCCUGGUGCCUUCCUCACCGGCUUAGUCUUACCUUGCAACUUGGCCGUCAAAAGUGAGGCAGGGAUUAUCUGCACUGCUGUCUUUAUUGGAUUCACCUCGGGGAUCUUCAUUGCUACGCCGCCGCUCCUAUUCGUCGCCCUCACCAAGGACAAAUCCAAAAUCGGAACUCGAAUGGGCAUGGCAUUUGCAUUGCUCGGCACCGGUGUUUUAACAGGAGGCCCAGGUAGCGGAGGUGUUCUACAGCGACACGGAAACCCAAAUGACUUAGAUUGGACUGGAACCUGGAUAUAUGGGGGUGUUUUUACUCUGGGAUCCGGGGUAUGUUUCCUCAUUUUGAGGUUCUGGAUGGCGGGAUUCAAGAUCCAAAAAGUCUAA